UCUGUCCUGUGCCUGUUUCCCCAGGCGGCGCAGGCUCUGUGGGCGUGCGCACGCUCCUGCCCAGCCUCUUGCACGUGCACGCCGGAGAAGAGCUGCAGUGUGCUGUGUGACCGCUCGGGCCUGCCCGACCUGCCCCGGGAGUUCCCCUGUGAAGCGUCCUCCAUCAACCUGGACAAGAACAGCCUUAAGUUCCUGUCUGAGAGGGCCUUUGGUACCCUGCCCUCCCUCAGGUCUCUGUCCCUGGACCACAACAACAUCUCCUUCAUCACCCCCGGGGCCUUCAAGGUCAGCAGAAGUGGUGUAAAGUACUUAAGUAAAACUACUUGAAAGUACUACUUAAGUAGUUUUUUGGGGUAUCUGUACCAAACUUUACUAUUUAUAUUUUUGACAACUUUUACUUCACUACAUUCCUAAACAAAAUGAUGUACUUUUUACUCCAUACAUUUUCCCUGACACUCAAAAGUACUCAUUACAUUUUGAAUGCAAUUCACACACUUAUCAAGAUAACAUCCCUGGUCAUCUCUACUGCCUCUGAUCUGGCGGACUCACUAAACACAAAUGCUUCGUAUGUAAAUUAUGACUGAGUGUUGGAGUGUGCCCCUAGCUAUCCGUAAAUUUAAAAAAACAUGACAAUUGUGCCGUCUGGUUUGCUUAAUAUAAGGAAUUUGAAAUUAUUUAUACUUUUACUUCUACUUCUACUACAUUUCUAAAGAACAUUAUGUACUUUUUACUCCAUACAUUUUCCCUGACACCUAAAAGUACUCGUUCCAUUUUGAAUGCUUAGCAGGACAGGAAAAUUGUCUAAUUCACAUACUUAUCAAGAGAACAUCCCUGGUCAUCCCUACUGCCUCUGAUCUGGCAGACUUACUAAACACAUGCUUCAUUUGUAAAUGAUGUCUGAGUGUUGGAAUGUGCCCCUGGCUAUCCAUAAAAAUUUAAGACAUUUGAAAUUAUUUAUACUUUUACUUUUGAUACUUACAGUUGAAGUCGGAAGUUUACAUACACUUAGGUUGGAGUCAUUAAAUCUCGUUUUUCAACCACUCCACAAAUUUCUUGUUAACAAACUAUAGUUUUGGCAAGUCGGUUAGGACAUCUACUUUGUGCAUGACACAAGUAAUUUUUCAAACAAUUGUUUACAAACAGAUUAUUUCACUUAUAAUUCACUGUAUCACAAUUCCAGUGGGUCAGAAGUUUACAUACACUAAGUUGACUGUGCCUUUAAACAGCUUGGAAAAUUCCAGAAAAUGAUGUCAUGGCUUUAGAAGCUUCUGAUAGGCUAAUUGACACCAUUUGAGUCAAUUGGAGGUGUACCUGUGGAUGUAUUUCAAGGCCCACCUUCAAACUCAGUGCCUCUUUGCUUGACAUCAUGGGAAAAUCAAAAGAAAUCAGCCAAGACCUCAGAAAAUACAUUGUAGACCUCCACAAGUCUGGUUCAUCCUUGGGAGCAAGUUCCAAACGCCUGAAGGUACCACGUUCAUAGUACGCAAGUAUAAACACCAUGGGACCACGCAGCCGUCAUACCGCUCAGAAAGGAGACGCGUUCUGUCUCCUAGAGAUGAAUGUACUUUGGUGCGAAAAGUGCAAAUCAAUCCCAGAACAACAGCAAAAUAACUUGUAAAGAUGCUGUAGGAAACAGGUACAAAAGUAUCUAUAUCCACAGUAAAACGAGUCCUAUAUCAACAUAACCUGAAAGGCCGCUCAGCAAGGAAGAAGCCACUGCUCCAAAACUGCCAUAAAAAAGCCAGACUACGGUUUGCAACUGCACAUGGGGACAAAGAUCGUACUUUUUGGAGAAAUGUCCUCUGGUCUGAUGAAACAUAAAUAGAACUGUUUGGCCAUAAUUACCAUCGUUAUGUUUGGAGGAGAAAGGGGGUGGCUUGCAAGCCGAAGAACACAAUCCAAACCGUGAAGCACGUGGGUGGCAGCAUCAUGCUGUGGGUGUGCUUUGCUACAGGAGGGACUGGUGCACUUCACAAAAUAGAUGGCAUCAUGAGGAAGGAAAAUUAUGUGGAUAUAUUGAAGCAACAUCUCAAGACAUCAGUCAGGAAGUUAAAGCUUGGUCACAAAGUCAAGGUAUUGGAGUGGCCAAACAAAAAACUCUGACCUCAAUCCUAUAGAACAUUUGUGGGCAGAACUGAAAAAGCGUGUGCGAGCAAGGAGGCCUAUGAACCUGACUCAGUUACACCAGCUCUGUCAGGAGGAAUGGGCCAAAAUUCACCCAACUUAUUGUGGGAAGCUUGUGGAAGGCUACCCGAAACGUUUGACCCAAGUUAAACAAUUUAAAGGCAAUGCUACCAAAUACUAAUUGAGUGUAUGUAAACUUCUGACCCACUGGGAAUGUGAUGAAAUAAAUAAAAGCUGAAAUAAAUAAUUCUCUCUACUAUUAUUCUGACAUUUCACAUUCUUAAAAUAAAGUGGUGAUCCUAACUGACCUAAAACAGGGAAUUUCUACUAUGAUUAAAUGUCAGGAAUUGUGAAAAACGUAUUUAAUGUAUUUGGCUAAGGUGUAUGUAAACAAACACACAAUCAAAAAGAGAUCCAUCACAAUCAAGAUUACAAGUUGUCUUUUUGCUUGAGAUUGUCCUUUUCCUCUCCUGAUAUACUGAGCUUUUGGUUGAUUGGAUUUUUUCUGUAUUAUUGAUCAUGUUUUUACUCCUCUUAUUGCUGUACGUGAACCGUUUGGAGUGUAUAAAAUAUAUGAUUAUUAUACUACUAACAUAUGUAUUAUUAUGAUAAUUCUCUAGGGACUGCCCAACCUAGUGGAGCUGAAGAUGGCCCACAACGAGUACAUCCGUUACCUCCACACCCGCACCUUCACCGGGCUCAAACGCCUGGUCCGAUUGGACGUGGCCGAUUGUAACCUCUUCAACAUGCCCGACCGGAUCUUUCUAGAAAAUUACGCUCUGAAGGAACUCUUCUGCUUCCAGAACAACUUCCGGAGGAUUCCUGGAGCGUUCCGCGGGAUGGAGAACCUGACCCACGUCUACCUGGAGCGGAACAAGAUUGAGGCGGUGGCGUAUAACUCUCUCCUGGGCCUGGGGAACCUCAGGUAGGUAACUAGCUGUAGCUCAGAGAGAGAAAGGAAAGACUGUUCACUGUUGGCUACUCUCACAAAGUAGUUCUUUGAACAUUUCAACCAUGUUGCUCUUUGUCAAAUUUGUACAGUUAUAAAACCUUUUAAGCAAAAUUGGUGCAAAGACCAAUAAGGUCAAAACAUAACUAGCAUUAGCUUAUUGACAAACUUAUUGGUGAGCAGCAAACAUUGAGCUGACAUUUCUUUCUCUCUUCGUCUGGAUAAUUCCUUAUCCUGCAUAGUCACACUUCUCAUUUCCAAAACCCGUCAGGUACCUGAACCUCCAGGAGAACCGCAUCAACGUGAUCCACGACCAGUCCUUCCAGGACCUCCUGCGCCUGGAGAACUUCUACCUCAACGACAACCUGCUGUCUGAGCUGCCCCGGAUGGCCUUCAAGGGCCUCAGCCGCCUCAAGAUGCUCAACCUGGGGGGCAACCAGCUCACCAACAUCUCCAAGACCUGGUUCAGUGACCUGGUGGAGCUGGAGGUCCUCUACCUGGACCGCAACCGCCUGGUCUACAUCGAGGAGGGCUCCUUUGAGAACCUGACCAGUCUGAUCACCCUCCACCUCAACAGCAACAACCUCAGCUCCCUGCCCUUCCCCGUCUUCCAGCCUGUCUACUUCAUCGGACGCCUCUACCUCUUCAAGAACCCCUGGGAAUGUGACUGCUCUCUGGAGUAUCUUAAGGAGUGGAUGGAGAGUUAUAAGUUGGUCCGGGACAUCCCCUGCGCCUCCCCGUCCUCCGUGGCUGGCCUGGAUUUGAGCGAAGUAGUCUUCGCCAGGGUUAAUGGGUCGUGCCUGGAUCCGGGGGAGCUGAACCUGACCACGAUGUCUUCGGACAUCCUCUCGACCACGGAGAACCGUUUCAACAGCCUGAUCUCCAAGCUGCUACAGCAGGAGCUCAGGGAAGAGGUGGGGAACGGGACGGAGAGCCUGAGGAACGGGACCCUGCUGGACCCUGCAGAGGGACUCAGCGCUGGGAUCAAAGGGGCAGACGCCAGCCAAUCACUGGUCUCAUUGUUGGUGAUGUGUUGUGUCUUCUGGAUGACGAUUGGUCAAUCGGAUGUGGAUUUCCUGUUUGGGCAUGUGACUGGCACC